ACAUCUCUACUUGAACAACAUCCAGAUCUCAUCAUUGUAGAUUUCACUGUACCUAAUGUUGUAAAUGAUAAUGACGAAUUGUAUUGUAAAACUGGAGUGCCUUUUGUGAUGGGAACUACUAGUGGAGAUAGGGAUCUUUUGUAUAAAACUGUGGAGGAAGCAAAGCUUUAUGCAGUCAUAUCUCCUCAAAUGGGAAAACAGGCUGUGGCAUUUCUUACAGCUAUGGACAUAAUGUCCAAGCAAUUUCCUAGAGCAUUCUCUGGAUAUACCCUAGAGGUGUUGGAAUCUCAUCAAUCAACAAAGCUGGACACAUCUGGAACAGCAAAAGCCGUCAUCUCAUGUUUCCAGAAACUUGGAGUUUCCUUUGACAUAGAUGAGGUACAACUGAUACGAGAUCCAAAACAAUAGAUUGAAUUGGUUUGUGUUUCAGAGGAGCAUCUAAUGUAUCAUCUCACAUCUCCUGAUAGAACAGUUUCAUUUGAGUUUCAACACAAUUUUUGUGGGAGAUCAAUUUAUGCAGAGGGUGCUAUUGAUGCUACACUUUUUCUCGCUAAGAAGAUACAAUCAAAAGCAGAUAAGAAGAUAUAUGACAUGAUUGAUGUGUUGCGUGAGGGUAGCAUGCGUUGA